UCUUCCGGGCUUGCGCUGGCCGUCUCUCCCAGGUGCUGUGGGGCGUCCAGGUGCGCGCCCCGGCCCCGUUCCGGGCUCUGAUCGCGCCGUGCGCCCGCCCCGGAGCCACCGCAGUAGGAAGAGGUCGGGAACUGGAAGCCGGGAGCCGGGAGCGCGGGGCCCCGAAGCCGCGAGCCUCAAGCCCCGGGACGCCUGCGCCCGACACUGCGCUCAGUCCGCGAGAGUCAUCCUCUAAUAUCAAAGAAUAAAAGAGAAAGAAGAAAAGAAUAAUUGUCAGAAGUACUACAUCAUCUGAGUCUGGCAGUAUUUGCAAUGGAGUCCUAGAAUUUAAAAGAGCAAAACUUGAAACCUACUCAUUUGGAAACUCUACGGUACAGAUCAGCUCCUUCUCUGAAACUGAGUUAGAGAGAGGAUCUCGUGGGCAGCAGGAGUUGCCCCUGGUCCCGGUGGGGGUCAGCGGCAGGGCUUUUCAGAGCCGGGACGGCCCCGUCCACUUUGCCAUCGGUUAAGUUGUGAGAGCUCUCCAAGGUCACCUAUUUUCUCCUUUUAAAGACUGGAACCGGUUUGGAGCUCAGAAUGUGGGGAGGAAGAGAUUAAUAUGGCUCGGGUGCCGGGCUUGACUCCGAAGCGCUUUCCCCGGCCUGUGCCCUGGGAUCAGUGAUGAAGCCGCCAUCAUGUCCUCAGUCAGCGAAGUGCAUCCCGACCUCCAGGAGCUGCUCACCAACAUUAACUUGGAGCAGUACCUGGGCCGCUUCCAGGAGUCCGGCUACCGCUCGGUGAGGGACUGCACCCACAUCGACGACGGCGUUCUGCAGAAGAUCGGGGUCCUGCCCACGGGCCACCGGAGGAGGAUCCUCAAGCAGCUGGAGAUGAUCCUUUCCAAACUGCCCGAGGCGGCCGUCUACGCCAACGUCCGCAAGACCAAGAAGGACGCGCUGGCGCUCCCGGGGGGCCCGGCCUGGGGCGCCGGGGCGGGCUCCUGGGCCGAGCUGGCGUGGGGUGGGAGCGCCGGCCCCGAGGCCGUGGCCGGCGGGAGCGCUAUCUCCAAGGAGAACCGGCCGGCUCCGGACUCGGCCGCUGCCCAGCAGAGCCAUUGUCCUCCUGCCGUGUCCCCACAGAAUUUGGAGGCUUGUCAAAAUGCUGCCCUUGACCAUGGGAAUACUGAGAAUGCAGCUUUGGUUACAGAGAGGAAUGUGGCCGGCGCGGAGGAGAAGGGGCCCAGAGAAGCCGCGGGGAGCUUGGGCCCGGCCACCUCGCUUCCGAACCCGGAGCAGAGAGCGGCUCUUGGCCCCCCGGAGCCUCCUGGCUGCCCCCCGGGGGGCGCGAAGGAGCCCGGGGCCUUAUCAGCGCCCCCGCCUCCGUCGCCCUUUUUUGAAUUUACUGGAGAGAUGAUUGUAAAUGAAUUGUACGUCUCCUCAACACAGAACCUGGCCCCCAUGAGGAGCCGCAGUAAAUUGGUGUCCAGACCCUCCCGGUCCUUCAUGCUGAGACACCGGCCCGUGCCGGAAAUCCCCGGCAUGUCCAGAGGAGCCGCUUCGGGCAGCUAUGCCCGAGAGAGGAGAAUUGGGAACUCCAAUGGAAAGACAUUCACCAUGCAAAAGUCACUUGAAGAAAAAUCAUCCUUGAUCUUUCCACAUGGGGAUACUUUUUUUUUAAAGAGUACAGAAAACUCCAAGAAGAAAUCCUUGAAGAAUGAAUUUUGGACUAUUGAAGAAAAACUUAAAAAGGAAGCGGGUCCUGAAAGGAUUUCAUUUUUUGGACAAUCAAGCAUCUAUGAUAACAGAAUAAAAGCCUGUGAAGAAAAAGUAGAAGAUAUUUGGAUUCCUCGAGAAGACAAGGCUGCUGCUCCGUUAGAUUCGGCUUCGGAGUCAGAAUAUUCCACAGUGGAAGAAUGUUUUAAUAGUUUAAGAAGAGGAAGUUCCAGGGCAUCCAAGUCCAGGGCUCAGAAAGGGAGUUUGGACUCAGCCACUAACAGGCACAGUUAUCCCCAAAGUUCCAUCAGUAGUGGGCUUACUGAUCAAGCAUCUUCGACCUCCAACUCCAUAUCACCUUACGCGUGCUAUUAUGGAUCAUCAGCAAAAAAGGUCAAAUCGGGAUGGUUGGAUAAGCAGUCUCCUCAAGGAAAACGCAUGUUUCAGAAGCGAUGGGUGAAAUUUGAUGGUUUUUGCAUUUCUUAUUUCAAUAAUGAAAAGGAGGUGUAUUCAAAAGGAAUAAUUCCUCUCUCUGCUGUAUCAACAAUCCGGGGUCAGGGAGACAGCAAAUUUGAAGUUGUUACAUCACAAAGGACGUUUGUAUUUAGAGUAGAAAAAGAAGAGGAGAGAAAUGACUGGAUCACUAUUCUGCUAAAUGCACUGAAAUCUCAGCCACUUGCUCCUCAAUCUCGAUCGGUUCUACCAGAGAAGUGUGGCUAUCUGGAAUUGAGAGGAUAUAAAGCUAAAAUUUUUACCGUGUUGAAUGGAAGCAACGUGUGGCUCUGCAAAAAUGAGCAGGAUUUUAAGAGUGGACUUGGUAUUACAGUAAUUCCUAUGAAUUUAGCCAAUGUGAAACACGUGGAUCGGACUGUAAAACAAUCUUUUGAAAUAAUCACUCCCUACAGAAGUUUUAGCUUUACAGCCGAGUCGGAAAAAGAGAAGCAAGAGUGGAUUGAAGCCGUGCAGCAAUCGAUCGCAGAAACUCUCUCGGAUUAUGAAGUAGCUGAGAAGAUUUGGUUCAAUGAGUCAAACAAGAACUGUGCUGAUUGCAAAGCGCCCGAUCCUGACUGGGCAUCCAUCAAUCUCUGUGUUGUCAUUUGUAAGAAGUGCGCAGGACAACACAGAUCUUUAGGACCAAAAGAUUCAAAAGUUCGUAGUCUAAAAAUGGAUGCCAGCAUUUGGAGCAAUGAACUCAUUGAGCUUUUUAUUGUUAUUGGAAACAAAAGGGCAAAUGACUUUUGGGCAGGAAAUCUUCAAAAAGAUAAAGAAUUACAGAUAGAUGCUCCAGUAGAAGAAAGAAAACUUUUUAUUACUCAGAAGUAUAAAGAAGGACGAUUCAGAAAAACCCUUUUGGCCUUCCUUACCAAAGAAGAAUUAAAUAAGGCCUUAUGUGCUGCGGUAGUUAAACCAGAUGUUCUUGAAACAAUGGCAUUGCUAUUUAGUGGAGCUGAUGUAAUGUGUGCAACUGGAGAUCCUGUUUACAGCACCCCUUACUUACUAGCUAAGAAGGCUGGACAAAGUCUGCAAAUGGAAUUUCUCUAUCACAAUAAAUUCUCAGAUUUCCCCACACAUGACAUUCAUUGUGAAAGUGGAUUACCUCAAGAAUCUUCACAUUCUACUUUUCUCUGUGACUUUCUAUAUCAGUUUCCAACUGUAGCUGCUAAGCUGUCUACAGAGAAAAAAAUGAUCGAAGAAACAAAUAAAAAAUGGUGUGUUUUGGAAGGGGGCUUCUUGAGUUAUUAUGAAAGUGAUAAGGCAACAACUCCCAAUGGCACGAUUAAUAUGAAUGAAGUCAUCUGCCUUGCUAUACACAAAGAGGACUUCUAUAUAAAUACCGGACCCAUCUUUACCUUUGAAAUAUACUUGGUCUCAGAGCGUGCUUUUUGCUUUGGUGCUGAAACUGCACAGAUUCAAAGAAAAUGGACACAGGCAAUAGCCAAGCAUUUUGUCCCUUUUGUUGCUGAAAACUUAGCAGAAGCUGAGUAUGACUUGAUUGGCCAGUUAUUCUACAAAGAUUGCCAUACCCUGGAUCAGUGGAAAAAAGGGUGGUUUGCUAUGGAUAAGUCAAGACUACAUUUUUGCCUUCAAAUGGAAAAUGCUGAGGAAGAAUUGAUGUAUUUGAGGAGAUUACAGGAGCUAACAAUCAGCACAAUGGUUCAAAAUGGAGAAAAAAUAGAUGUCUUGCUCUUGGUUGAAAAAGGAAGAACAUUAUACAUCCAUGGUCAUACUAAGUUGGAUUUCACAGUCUGGCAUACUGCAAUUGAAAAAGCUGCAGGUACAGAUGGUAAUGCAUUACAAGACCAGCAGCUCAGCAAAAAUGACGUUCCCAUUAUAGUGAACAGCUGUAUAGCAUUUGUUACACAGUAUGGUUUGGGAAGCAAGCAUAUUUAUCAGAAAAGUGGGGACUCCUUCCGUAUAAGUGAGCUCCUGGAAAGCUUCAAAAAAGAUGCCAGAAGCUUUAAAUUGAGGGCUGGGAAGCAUCAGCUAGAAGAUGUGACCGACGUGUUGAAAAGUUUUCUGUCUGACAUAGAUGAUGCACUUCUUACUAAAGAGCUCUAUCCGUACUGGAUCUCCGCGUUAGAUAAUCAGGAUGACAAAGAGAGAGUUAAAAAAUACAGUACAUUUAUCCGUACGCUCCCUGGAGUCAACAGGGCAACUUUGGCAGCUAUAAUUGAACACCUUUACAGGGUUCAGAAAUGCUCAGAGAUCAACCAGAUGAACUCUCACAAUUUAGCAAUGGUAUUUUCAUCCUAUUUGUUUCAAACUAAAGGACAAACUAGUGAAGAAGUAAAUGUAAUUGAAGACCUUAUUAACUAUUAUGUUGAAGUGUUUGAGGUUAAAGAAGAUCAGGUCAGGCAGAUGGAUAUAGAAAACAGCUUUAUUACCAAGUGGAAAGACACUCAAGUUUCACAAGCUGGAGAUUUGCUCAUUGAAGUAUAUGUGGAAAGAAAAGAACCUGACUGUAGUAUCAUAAUAAGAAUAUCACCUGUAAUGGAAGCAGAAGAAUUGACAAAUGAUGUAUUAGCAAUAAAGAAUAUCAUCCCUGCCAAGGGGGAUAUAUGGGCUACGUUUGAAGUCAUUGAAAACGAAGAACUUGAGCGUCCACUUCACUACACUGAGAAUGUGUUGGAACAAGUACUUCAGUGGAGCUCAUUAGCCGAGCCUGGCAGUGCUUACUUAGUGGUGAAGAGAUUCCUAACCAUGAAUGUAAUUAAACGCUACAGUGAGAAAAGUGCAACAGAAAGUGUAAAAGAAGGAAUCUUGAAAUUCAAGGAAGAACCUUCUAAAAUAUUGUCUGGAAAUAAAUUUCAAGAUAGGUACUUUGUUUUGCGAGAAGGCUGCCUAUUUCUUUACAAGGAUAUAAAGAGUAGCAAAGCAGAUAAAAUGCUUCCUCUCAACUCAAUGAAGUUUUACCUUGGUGUGAAAAAGAAAAUGAAAACUCCGACAAGUUGGGGAUUGACAGCCUAUUCGGAGAAACACCAUUGGUAUAUGUGUUGUGAUAGCCCGCAAACACAGAUGGAAUGGUUGACCAGUGUUUUUCUUGCCCAGCAUGAUAAUGAUAUAUGGCCACCAGCUGGAAAGGAACGUAAGCGAUCUAUAACCAAAAAUCCCAAAGUUGGCGGUUUGCCUUUAAUUCCCAUCCAGCAUGAGAAAAAUAUUAACCAAGCCAGAAGAAAUAUAGAGAAUGCAAAAGCAGGACUCGACAAACAGGAGAAAGAGUCGGUGGAAGCCAGUCUAAGAGAGAGGGCCUCCAUGGUGGCUCAUUGUUUGGAACGCAAGGAGGACAAACUCCGGAAUCGGACUAAAAAGCACCGGAGUUUGAACUGUCUGGAGGACUCAGGGGCUGACAUUCUUCAUCACAAAUCACAUAAAGACUUGAAAUUUCUGAGGAAGAUUGAGGACAAGAAUAACAGAUCUAGUUUGGAAACUGAUAACAAGUUACCGUCCAAAGUGAUCGAGGAACUCAACGUGGUUCUUCAGAGAACAAGAACCCUGCCCAAGGAUCCGUGACGGGCAUUUGGCCAAAAGGGAAAAGCGAUUCCCUUUGGAUAAUGUACAGUAGGUUCAUUAUUAAUGCACAGAAUAGCUGAACCAGGUUCUCCUGUUUGUAAUUACUACAAAAUGCCAAGUUUAAAGUAUGUAUAUGAGUAUCAUUAAAUGACUAUAAUAAGAUUUACUGUUGUGAACACAGACUAAUGUAAAGUUAUGAUGGAAUAACUCACUUUUGUACAGUCAGGGGAAUCCUCUGAAAGCAGAGCCCUCACGGGGCGCUGUAUUUAGUGUAUAAUGUUUUGUCUUUUUCCCAAGAUGGUUUUGUUGAAUUUGACAGUACCUGUAACACAUAUUGCACUUUGAGAAACUUUGUUGAGUUGCUGCAUGAUUUUAGGUUUACAGAGCUAAAGUCCUGAACGGACGAGUGACUGUGUCGGGUGGUGAUGGUGUGGUGGCUGAAUCUGAAUCAGUCUUUAAAGAGGGAAACAUUUCCCCAGAUUUUUAGGACCAAGGACCGUGGUAGGGACUCGGGGUCUGCUUCAGAUCGGUGGGGACCCAUGUUAAUGGGAGCUGCUACCGUAGCCUGGCAGAAGGGAAUUUAGCACUUUUCCUGUAUUUUCUAAUGAAUGAUAUUCAGAUCACUACAGUGGCUUAAUUCUGUUCUUGGGUCCUUUUCUUAGUGUUUUAAGCAAAAUAAGCCAUAGAUUACGGUCACUAAACUUUUGUUCUUUAUAGAUGGCUUCAAAGGUUGUUAGACAAUAACUGAUGAGCAGGUCUUGAAAAGGAGCAGAGAUUCCAGUCUACUCAUUAAAGCUAUAACUAAAAUCCAUACGUAUCUCUAUCUCCCUGUACCUGUCUGUAUAGGGAGGUAGAUACCUAUCUAUGUAUGUGUGUAUAUGUGGGUGUAUUUGCAUUUAUCUCACAUACAUAUAUGUAUGUAUGUGUAUCAAUAAGUCACAUGCAUGUAUGUAUGUAUAUAUACCUAGAUAUCUGUAUCUCCCUUUAUAGAUAGGUACAGGGAAAUGUCUGUGUGUACCUGCAUAUGUACAUAUAUGUCUCUCUCUGUGUGUAUAUGUGUGUAUAUAUAAACAAACAUAUGUGUUUAUAUUUUAUGUGUGUAUAUAUACACAGAAUAGAAACACGUGUGUGUGUGUAUUAUAUAUAUAAAAUGCACACACACAGAGACACACAUCAUAUGUAUAUAAUGCACGUGUGGAUAUAUUGCUUUUACAUGGUCAUUAAGUACCAUAUAAUCGAUGCUCCUUUAAAGGCUUGUUCAUCAGUUUAUAAUCUGGUAAGGAAUAUAUUUGUGUGUGUAUUUAUACAUAUACAUAUACACACAGUGUGUAUACAUAAUACACAUAUAUGUAUACAAUACAUGUGUGUUUAUGCUUAAGUGUGGGAAGCACAAAAAAAUAUUAAGGUUCCCCUUUCCCAUCAAGUAAAACUACAGUGAAAGAUAUGAGAUGUCAUAUUAUCAUUUGAAUGUUAAAAUUUCAUUUGAAAGGCACUGGAUCAUGGAGCUGGCAGGGACAUUAGCAUUGAUCUAAUCCAUUGCUCUAAUUUUACCAGUUAGGAGAAGCUCAUGCAUCUUGCUCAGUCAGUUUUGCAUUAAGUUGUUAAUAAUCCUCUGAAGUUAAAGGAUGGUCACCAAAAAUCUAAGGUAAAGACAGUUCUUCUGUAUCUCAGGAUAAAUAAAUUGGGGUCCCCUUUCCUUUUUGAUCAAAUGAGAUAAUAGUUGUAAAGCACUUAGCACAAAGCCUGGCACCCAGGAGGUGCUUAAUAAAUACUUGUUCCCUUCUGCCCUAUGGAAUUGGUCACUGAGUUGGAUUUGCUGUGUAACUCGCCAGCUCCUAAUUUAAUCCUGGAUUGUGGUAAGCUGGCACCUUUAUCUCCCCUAAUUUUCAAGUUUACUGAUCUGUAAACAGGAAGGAGUCGUGUUGGAGCGUUGAUGUCCCUUUCUGCUCUGGAUCUUUACAGACGAUGUCAGUUUUUAUGUUGGAAAGCAUCUGUACAGCCAAGAAUUUUUCUCUCCUGGCAUUCUCCCUCACGUUAUUAUUCGUCUUUUAAAUGUCUGGAGUUCAUCUCUAUGGAAAUAUCACAGAACGAUCAUGCUCUUUGGCCAUUGCAGAACCGAAUGAAGCACUCUAUGAUUUAUGGUGCCGUCAUCUCGCCCCUAAUGGCGACAGGAUAAAUAAAUGCUUCAGGCAGCAGGUAGUUCUCAAGAAAAGGGAGUAAGCUGCUCUUUAAUUAGAAGUGAAUUGUUAAAAAAUGAAGAGAAACUGCAGGACAGUUUACUAGUUUUCACAAUGGUUUGGGAAUCUCUGUUGACAGAAAGUGUGAUAGGUAAGAAGGAAAAAUCAAUUCAGAUGAACUGCUAUUCAUCAUCAGUUUAUUUAAUUUUAGGUUUUAUUUUAAGUAUGGAGACAUGUUGAGUAUGGAUCCAUUUUGAAGUUUGUCCUUUUUUUAGGAAGAUUUCCAGAGUGUCUGAUGUACCACAAGUUGUUCUGAAACUUAGAUUUUACAAGGGUCACCUCCUACACCUUCCAACAUCACUCCCUUUAUUUUUCUACUUUGUUGUUGUAAGAAUCAAAUGCUCUACUGUAUGUAAAGUGCCUUGUAAAGUGCUUUGUAAAUGCCAAUUUUAUUUGUUUGUAACUAUGCCUUAAGAUUUAUAUAAAAAUAGAUUUUUAAAAAUCUGUUUAAAUGUGACUGCAGUUCUUCCCAAGGAUAUGCACAAGUUGAAAAUGGUUCCGUUAUAGAGAAGUGAUAUCAGAUCAAGUUUGCCAAUUUAUUGAAACAGAUACUGCCUGGUGUUCCUAGAUCGUGGCUGAGCUUUUUGUAAUUUAUGAUUCUGACAUUGUCAAUGCAGGGGGGGGGGGGGGGGUCUUUCAAAAAUGUAAACUUAUACAUACACAGAAUAGAAGUGACUGGAGGCACUGUUUAAUUUUUAAAAUCACUAAAAUUCAUUUCAAGUACAUUACUUUGUUGUUCUAUUUAAAUUAUAUAACCUGAUGACUCCUCUGUGCUGCACUGAAAAUUCACCAUCAAGUCCAAAGCAUCUGAAGGAGAAAUCAGAGUUUUAUGCAACUAGAUGCUUGUUUGCCCUAUUAUUUUUAUUACCCUUCAGUACUGAAAUGUGUAUGAGUUGUAUAUUGCCAGAAUAAAUAGUAUUUUCUUCAGAA